AGGGGCAGGAUCCAAAAGCGGUAGAUCGAGAUUGAAAAUGGAAGGCCCAGCGACACCCGCUGUUAUAACGUCUACCAGCAGCAGCGCGGAAAACUUUUACACCUCUACUCUGGCUUACGACAGGCACUUUUUUCUUACUGCUUCGGGGCUCCUCGUUUUCGCAGAAAUAGUAAGUAGUCAAGUUUCAAGUUUCAAGCUGUAGGCUACGGGAUACGCAUGGUAUACGUCGUCCAAAGAAGUGCUAACUUGCAGGUUCCUUCUCGACAAUGCAACAACAAUAAGACAUAAUAAAAUAUAAGAAUACGAACAUAAAUUAAAUGGCUCAGUAGAACAGAAUAAACAUUUGAUAGUAGCAUAAUUAUUAUUCAAGAAGGCACAUUUUAUAGUUCAAUAUUUACACGUGUAUUGGAGAAGGGGGGGGGGGGGGUCCGUGUAUAAACUGAGCAGUAUAAUAAGAGUCUGGUAGCAGCAGUUGUGAUGUGUGUGUGUGUGUGUGUGUGUGUGUCUGUGUUGGUGUGUGCAUGAGUGAGUGCAUAUGUGCUAAGGUGAGGAGAAUCAGAGCAGGUGGUCAGUCCAGUUCAAUUGUUCAGCAGUCUGAUGGCCCAAAUCUAACUGCCUGUAGCUCAGGACCUGAAGCAAGGAUAUGCAUAUUCUUGAUACCAUUUGAAAGGAAACACUUUGAAGUGUCUGGAAAUGUGAAAUUAAUGUAGGAGAAUAUAACACAUUAGAUCUGGUAAAAGAUAAUACAAACAUAAAAACAUGCGUUAUCUAUUUUAUUUUUUCAUCAUCUUUGAAAUGCAAGAGAAAGGCCACAAUAUAAUAUUGCAGUUUAGGCGCAAUUUAGAUUCUGGCCACUUGAUGGCAGCAGUGUGUGUGCAAAGUUUCAGAUUUAUCCAGUGAAGCAUUGCAAUACUGGACUAUUUUGUAUGAAGUCUGCCCAAAUGUGCCGAAUUGGUCAAUUGACACAUUUUCAAGUACAUAACUAUAGAAAACAUACAAAAAUGAUGGUAAUAGAAAAUGUAAGUUUACACACUCCCAGGAAUGUCAUACAUGAUGGAUCAUUAGCUUAUAUAUUAACUUUCAUGCAUCUAGAUGGCCGGGUGGGGUGGGUGCCGUCUUCACCACCCGCUGGAGGGCCUUGCGGUCGUAGACAGAGCAAUUCCCGUACCAGGCCGUGAUGCAACCGGUCAGGACGUUCUUGAUGGUGUAGGGCUAGUAUUUGGAGAGGACCCGGGGCGGCAUGCUGUUGUGCCCUCUUGACAAGAGUGGUGGUGUUGUUGGUCCAUGACACGUCCUCAGUGAUGUGGAUGCUGAGGAACUUAAAACUAGUGACUCUCUCUGCUGCAGUCCGGUUGAUGUGGAUCGGGGCAUGUUCCCACCUCUGCUUCCUGAAGUUAAAAAUCAACUCCUUUGUUUUGCUGACUUUGAGGGAGAGGUUGUUGUCAUGACACCACAAUGCCAGUUUACUUACCUCCUCCCUAUAGGCUGACUCGUUGUUGUUGGUUAUCAGGCCUACAACCGUGUUGUCGUCAGCAAAGUUGAUGAGGGAGUUGGUGUUGUGCAAAGCCACGCAGUUGUGGGUGAACAGGGAGUACAGCAGAGGACGGAGGACUCACCCCUGGGGGGCCCCAGAGUAAGAGUCAGUGUGGAGGAGGUGUUGUUGCCAAUACUCACAGCCUGUGGUCUGCCCCUCAGGAAGUCCAGGAUCCAGUUGCAGAGGGUGAUGUCCUAACUGCGACACAAACAUAUUUGUGUCCAAGUUUGAUAUAAUAAUUGAUUGAAAUUACAAUGGCAGUGGCUUUCACCAUCUUUCUCACAAUAGCUGCCAUCAGAAUUCAUGAAGCGAUCAAUACUGCUUUGUUGAUUAAACAAAUUAAACACAUUAUGAUGAUCAGACAUUUUGUAUUGGUCAUACCUUGUAUCACAUGGCUAAUUGUACCCUUAUCAUAGGGGCACAUUAGUUCUGAUAAAGGGAAGAGUUUGCCAUUUGCUGAUUUCCAGUACUUUUAUACAGAUUUGCAUACUGUUCAACCUGUAUAUUUUAUGUGCAUUUUAUACACAUUUUGCAUAGGCUGCUUGGCCUGUAUGACAGUUUUUCACAGACGGUGACGUGACAUCGUAUUGAACACUGCACUGAAAUGAAGGUUCAAUUAUCUCAAAAUGUUCAAGGAAAUAUAACUGGAGAAAAUGAACAUAAUGUCAACCUACUUCCUGUAAUAUAGGCUACUUCCUGUAAUAUAGACUACUUUCUGUAAUAUAGGCUUUUUCCUGUAAAAUAGGCUACUUCCUGUAAUAUAGGCUACUUUCUGUAAUAUGGACUACUUCCUGUAAUAUAGGCUACUUCCUGUAAUAUAGGCUACUUCCUGUAAUAUAGUCUAGUAAUAUAGGCGACUUUCUGUAAUAUAGACUACUUUCUGUAAUUUAGACUACUUUCUGUAACAGACUACUUUCUGUUUAGACAGACAAUGGGUCUCAGUACAGUGUUUUAUUUUCUCUGGAAAGGGAAGUUGUUUAAAAACAAGGUCAGUUUCAUUGUCCCUUUUCCUUCCAGCAUCAGGGGAGAAUGUGACCAAAAGUCUCCUCUUCCACGUAGGCUAGACAGUCUUUUUUCCUGUGAUACGAAGCAACCAAUGAAACAUUAUUUUCUUUUAAUAACAGGAAGGGAGGUUUGGAGUGCAACAGAGGACAAAACUUCCCAUUAUUUACAGUAGCACGCAUUAUAACAAACUGCAUCUAUAGAUUUAUCAUAAUCAAUGUGUUACGACAUUCUUUCAGAAUGCCGUCAGAUCAGAUAGGUGUCAGUAAGCUGUGAGGUUAGUUUCUGUUCCAGAAAUACAAACUAUGAAAAAUCACUUGGCAAUUAUGUUUUAUAUAGCUGUUGUACUGUUUUAGAUGAGAGCUUGCAGGUAAACAGAUCACUCUACACUUCAAUGGAUCCUUUGCAAAUGCCAAUAAACUGUUAUUUUAUUUGACUUAGGCUAUAUUAUUUCCUUUCAUUGUAAUCUCUUUCUACAGUAUGCCAUAAAGAAAAGCAAAGCAAAUGCAUUUAAAUACACGAUAAAGUAGACACCACCAGAGCACAGCCAUCACUGACUAUGUGUACGUCCCAAAUGGCACCCUAUUCCCUAUAUAGUGCACUACUUUUUACCAGAGCCCUAUGAGCCCUGUUCAAAAGUAGUGCACAAUAAAGGGAAUAGGGUGCCAUUUGGAAUGCUGGCUAUGUGCUUCCCUGUCCCCUCAGGUGUUUGGUCUGCUGGUAUGGAUGCUGAUAGCGGGGACAGACUACUUCCGUGUGUCUGCCUUUGGGUGGGUCAUGUUUGUGGCCAUCUUGUACUGGGUCCUGACAGUCAUCUUCCUCAUCAUCUACCUGACCAUGGCUUACAACAGGAUCCCUCAGGUCCCCUGGACAACUGUGGUACGACACAUACUACGACACAUAAUACAACAGCACAUUAUCUGACCAACUUGAAACUUGACUGAUUGGGGUUGUUUAUUAUAUAGCUAGUGAUUGAAUAAUUGUGGACUAUUUAUGUAACUCAAAAGCAAUGGAGUGAACUUCCUGGAUGGUUUUGGGGAAGAGAGGAUUUUUGUGUGCUCCUGACCAUGUCUUUAUGAAUGUGAUCAAAUGAAGCCAUUCUAUAAUGUGUACUAGCCUACAGUAUCUGAACCAGCCAGCCAGGAAUCCUGUUGUUGUCAUUCUACAGGACCUGUUCUUCAACAGUAGUGCUACAGUGAUGUACAGUUGAAGUCGGAAGUUUACAUACAGGUUGGAGUCAUUAAAACUCGUUUUUCAACCACAAAUGUCUUGUCAACAAACUAUAGUUUUGGCAAGUCGGUUAGGACAUCUACUUUGUGCAUGACACAAGUAAUUUUUCCAACAAUUGUUGACAGACAAAAAAAAAUCACUUAUAAUUCACUGUAUCGAAAUUCCAGUGGGUCAGAAGUCUACAUACACUAAGUUGACUGUGCCUUCAAACAGCUUGGAAAAUUCCAGAAAAUGAUGUCAUGGCUUUAGAAGCUUCUGAUAGGCUAAUUGACAUCAUUUGAGUAAAUUGGAGGUGUACCUGUGGAUGUAUUUCAAGGCCUACCUUCAACCUCAGUGCCUCUUUGCUUGACAUCAUGGGAAAAUCUAAAGAAAUCAGCCAAGACCUCAGAAAAAAAUAUGUAGACCUCCACAAGUCUGGUUCAUCCUUGGGAGCAAUUUCCAAACGCCUGAAGGUACCACGUUCAUCUGUACAAACAAUAGUAUGCAAGUAUAAACACCAUGGGUGUCACGGAUUCUGCCGAGGCUGCCCUUCCUCCUUGCUCGGGCAGGCUUCGGCGUUCGUCGUCACCGGAGUACUAGCUGCUGCCGAUCUAUGUUAUAUGUUCUACCUGUUGUUGUCUGAUUGUUUCACACCUGUUUCCCAUCUUGUAAUUACUCCGUCCCUAUUUAACCCUGUGGCUCCCAUUGUGCUCUGUAUGUUUAUUGUUUUGUGUGUCGUUGGUGAGCGGGUUUAUUCCUCCCUGCGUGGAGGUUUACUUGUUUCUUUACGUGUUCAGUAAAGUUACGUUUUCAUUUAGUUCUGUGUCCUGCGCCUGACUUCGUCUACCGCAUUACACUAACACCGUGACAAUGGGACCAUGCAGCCGUCAUACCGCGUUCUGUCUCCUAGAGAUUAACGUACUUUGGUGCGAAAAUUGUAAAUCAAUCCCAGAACAACAGCAAAGGACCUUGUGAAGAUGCUGGAGGAAACAGGUACAAAAGUAUCUAUAUCAACAGUAAAUCGAGUCCUAUAUCCACAUAACCUGAAAUGCCGCUCAGCAAGGAAGAAGCCACUGCUCCAAAACCGCCAUAAAAAAGCCAGACUAUGGUUUUGCAACUGCACAUGUGGACAAAGAUCAUACUUUUUGGAGAAAUGUCCUCUGGUCUGAUGAAACAAAAAUAUAACUGUUUGGCCAUAAUGACCAUCGUUAUGUUUGGAGGAAAAUGGGUGAAGCUUGCAAGCCGAAGAACACCAUCCCAACCGUGAAGCACGGGGUGGCAGCAUCAUGCUGUGGGGGUGCUUUGUUGCACGGGGGACUGGUGCACUUCACAAAGUAGAUGACAUCAUGAGGAAGGAAAAUUAUGUGGAUAUAUUGAAGCAACAUCUCAAGACAUCAGUCAGGAAGUUAAAGCUUGGUCGCAAAUGGGUCUUCCAAAUGGACAAUGACCCCAAGCAUACUUCCAAAGUUGUGGCAAAAUGGCUUAAGGACAACAAAGUCAAGGUAUUGGAGAGGCCAUCACAAAACCCUGACCUCAAUCCUAUAGAACAUUUGUGGGCAGAACUGAAAAAGCGUGUGCGAGCAAGGAGGCCUACAAACCUGACUCAGUUACACCAGCUCUGUCAGGAGGAAUGAGCCAAAAUUCACCCAACUUAUUGUGGGAAGCUUGUGGAAGACUACCCAAAAUGUUUGACCCAAGUUAAUCAAUUUUAAAGGCAAUGCUACCAAAUACUAAUUGAGUGUAUGUAACUUCUGACCCACUGGGAAUGUGAUGAAAGAAAUAAAAGCUGAAAUAAAUCAUUAUUUCUACUAUUAUUCUGACAUUUCACAUUCUGAAAAUAAAGUGGUGAUCCUAACUGACCUAAGACAGGGAAUUUGUACUAGGAUUAAAUGUCAGGAAUUGUGAAAAACUAAGUUUAAAUGUAUUUGGCUAAGGUGUAUGUAAACUUCCGACUUCAACUGUAUGUGGUGUUCUACAGGGUCUGUUCUUCAACAGUAGUGCUACAGUGAUGUAUGUGGUGUUCUACAGGGUCUGUUCUUCAACAGUAGUGCUACAGUGAUGUAUGUGGUGGCAGCAGCAGUGGAUGCAGCCUCAAUCAGCCAUGCUGUUAAAGGGCGUCAUAACUACAACUGCUGGGUAGCAUCCACGGUAAGAAAACCACCUCAGACCACCCAGACAUACAUUUAAAUCACGCCAACUGUGAAAAUAUACCACAAAUAUGACUGAGUAUUUAUGAUUAAAGCGAUAUUAAAAUAUACAAUAUUAAAAUGCAAGUAUAUGCCUACAAGUCAGAUAAGAGAGGUAUGAUGCCACUGUGUACCAUCCCAAUGAUAUAUAUUUGGUCCAUUUAAGCCUACUCAACUCACACCUACUAUUGUACUGAAUUUCAAUGUUUUCAUCUGUCUGUUUUUCAGUUCUUUGCCUUCCUGGUCACGCUCUGCUAUGCAGGAAGUACAUAUUUAAGUUUUCAAUCGUGGCGAUCGAGGGAUGAGGAACAAUAACCAAUCACAAAGGACAGCUAAAAUAUAUCCGUUAUGGUACACAUGAAGGAUCUUGAAAAGUACAGAUGGUUAAGUGCAACAACCACUCCUUCCCUUUGGAAUAUAUUUCUCUUUUAUUUUAUUUCUGUUCUAUUUCUGUUAUUUUGGAGUUGUGGUGUGUUUCAUCUGUUGGAAUGACAGAGCCUGAACCUCAGGGAUGUUUUUACUUCUUAUGCACUCACAUGUUUUUUUAUUACAUUUGGGGAUGAAAAUGACUGAAGCUAAUAAAGUGGCUAUUCUACUGUUCUGAAUCUGGAGAUCAAAGCUUUAACUCCAAUAUUAAAAUGGAUUGGACAGUAAUGUUGUACCACACUAGAUGGUGCUAAGAUACAAGGCUGAGAAACAGGGCUUAUGAAGGAUAUUACAGUGAAUUAUCUUUUUGAUUAUUCAAAAAAAGAAUCAUAUACGAAUAAUAUAUUUUACUAAUAGGAGUCAACGACACAACAAAAAUAUAA